AUGAAGGCCGCUGUUGUCCUGUCCUUUGUCGCCGCCGCCAUGGCUGGUCUCAUUAAUGAGCGAACCAAUGGAUGCAACGCCGACAACUGCGCCCGUGCCGUGACCGGCACUCGCGAGGGUCUCCUGCCCAUCACCUCUCGCCAGUCCGACUGCUCUAGCUUUAUGCAGGCCACUGUCACUCCCAAGGCUACCACCACCACCAUCACCAUCACUGUCGACCCCGAGGUGACCCCCAAGGCCAAGCGCGCCGUUGCCAAUGCCGCUCCCAUCACCGUCACUCCUACGGCCAUCCCCAACUAUGCCGACCCCUGCGACGUUGCUCACUACUCCUCUGCUUGCUCUUGCUGGGGCAUUCACGCCACUACCGUUACGGCUUCUACUCCGACCCAGACCGAAAUUGUCACCGUCACUCAGUCUUACUGCGAGCUGUGA